AUGAAUGGAAAUACUCCUCCUGAUUAUCGUCAAACUGAUAUGGAUUUAUCUGAUAAUGAAGAAAAUAAUUCAAAAUCUCCAUCAGAUCGAACAGCAAUUGUACGAACAACACGUGCUGAUCCUCGUCAUCAUCGUAAACAUAUUCAUCAUCGUCAUCAAUCAUCUCAACAAUAUUUUGAUGAUGCUGAUGAACGAUCAAAUAAAGAUAAUUCAAAUUUAUCACCAUUAGUUAAUGGUGAAAAUAAAACAACAUUACAACAAACACCAAUGAUUGAUGUUAAUUUAAUAACUGAUUUACUUAUUCAACAUUCACAAUCAACUGGUUUUGAAAAAAGUCUUGAAAUGCUUACACAAACAUUAAGACAACUUACAGAUUCAAAUCCAGUACCACCGACAACAACAACAACAACAACUUCUUCACAAUCAUCUAAUCAACUUUCACAAACAAAUCCAUUUGAAAAUCUACUUAUGAAACGUCUUCAACCAUCACUUCCUCAAGCAGUUCUACCACCACCAUCAGUUACAUCACAAGUUUGGUUUAAUUCAACAACUCCUCAAACAUUUCCAUCAUCUGUUCCACCAUUUUUUCCUCUUCCUGGUCAGCAACCACCGAAUGUACCUAUGGAUUUUCAUUCAUUACAACAAUAUCAAAAUCAACGAAACUAA